UACAAAAGGAUGAUAAAGCAAUACAUUCCUUGGCGCAACUGUGGUUGAAAAUCUUAUCUCAUAAAUAGAAAUCACGUGGGCGGGGUGUACCGCUGUCAACAUUGUUAUCAAUAUUCAGUACUUUUUCAGUUAAAGUUGUACAUUAAAAUAAUUUUUACAAUGACUUUACAUUCAUCUUUCUUGUAAAUCAUCGUAUUUUAUUCGAAAAUAUAUAGUCAAAUUUCAAUAAUCAACAUGGUUGGAAUUAUAAAUGAUUCAGAUAGUGAGGAUGAGUUGCCUCCCGGCUGGGAAGAACGUGCCAGUAUGGAUGGAAAUGUCUAUUAUGUGAACCAUUAUACCAAAAUUACUCAGUGGACCCAUCCUCAGACUGGUCGUAAGAAAAUUGUAGCAGGAAAAUUGCCUUCAGGAUGGGAAAGACAUAUUUCAAAUGAUGGUCAAGUUUUAUUUAUAGAUCAUGUUAACCAUACAACUACUUAUACUGAUCCUAGAUUAGCAUUUGCUACUGAAUAUAGGGAGUCUUCCCAACCUGUUAGACAGCGUUUUGAUGGGUCAAGUACUGCUUUAGCAGUUCUUUAUGGAAGAGAUUUAAGGAAUAAAGUUGCACUAGUGACUGGUGCGAAUACAGGAAUAGGAUAUGAAACUGCAAGGUCAUUAGCUCUACAUGGAUGUACUGUUGUAUUUGCUUGUCGAAGUAUAGAGAAGGCUCAAGCAGCUAUAGAUAAAAUAAAAAAACAAAAAGAAAGUGUGAAUUGUGAUAUUUUAGAAAUCGAUUUCAGUUCGUUACACAGUGUUCAGAAUGCAGCUAAUAAAUUCAAGCUAAAGUAUAGAACUCUCAACAUACUAAUUUUGAAUGCUGGUGUAUUCGCAGUUCCUUAUAAGUUAACAAACGAUGGAUAUGAAAUGACUUUUCAAGUAAACCAUCUAGCACAAUUUUACCUUACCUUACUAUUGGAACAUCCACUCAGAAGUUGUAACAAAUCAAGAGUGGUAAUUGUAUCAAGCGAAUCUCACAGGUUUUCUUUAAUUCAGUCAGUGGAAGACCUUCAUCCAUUAAGACUGUCUCCUCCAGAAUAUAGAUAUUGGUCUAUGGGAGCAUACAAUGAUUCAAAGUUGUGCAAUAUUUUAUUUGCUCGAGAAUUGUCAAGAAGAUGGCCUUCUGUAGCAGUAUUUAGCUGUCAUCCAGGAAAUUUGAUUUCAUCCGAUCUUUCUCGGCAUUCUUGGAUGUAUAGAUUAUUAUUUGCCAUAGUUAGGCCCUUUACAAAGUCCUUGCAACAAGCAGCUAGUACAACAGUAUUUUGUGCAACUGCUUUCGAAUUAGAGGGUACCACAGGAAUGUAUUUUAAUAAUUGCUACAGAUGCGAUAUAUCGGUUAUCGGAUUGGAUUCACAACUAGCAUCCCGAUUGUGGGAUGUCAGCCAAGAAAUGAUUGUUUCUGUUAUGAAAAGAGAUAAGUUAUGGUAUGAUUUAGCUUUAAAAUGAUAAAAUAAUUGUAAUAUGUUAAGUGGAGGUAUAUUGAUUAAUUAUUGAUUAAAUUAAAUGAAAUUAAUGGAAUAGGUUACAUAUAGUGCCGCUCGCGUUAUUUAAUAAAGUUUCUUUUAUAAAUAUUUGAUUGCAACGAGAACAAUGGCAACAUUUUUUAGUGCAAAUGUUUUUAAUUGUCAAGAUUUAAGGCACCUUAAUUUGAGAUACAAAAUAUCUUUUUAUCAAAUGUUAAUGUUAACAAAUAAUAUAAUAGUGCUAAUGGAAAAUAUUUAGAUGAUAACCAAAUGAAUUUUAAAAGAAAUUUGUAUAUUCACAAUUUUUUUAAUUACUUGUACUAAUUUUUAAAAUAUUUAUGAAAUUUAUAAUAAAAUCUGUGAUACGAUAGAAGACAAAGUAUAAUAAAAGACUGUUUUCUAAAUUUUGAUUGCUAUGUAACAACAACAUCAGAUAUUAAUAAUAGUAUAUGUAUAUAAAUAUAGCGUAUUAAUGAAAUAUUAGUCCCUAGCGAAGCGAAUCAUUAUUAGAUAUUUUCUCAAAUGAGGAACUUUCGACUGAUGUAAAUUUUACAGGAUUAAAAAAAAUAU